UAAAGUUAUAUAGCGGCAAGAGCAUUCAACAGAAGAGAUCACAAUUGCUUGUGAUAAUUGAUCAAAAUCAAAAUGAGCAUCAUCUGCAAUAUGUGGAUUCGCAGGAUCGUCAACGCUAAUCCAGCUAUUGUUUGGAGAAAUGCAAGCAUUAUUCAUAGGAGAUAUGCACAAGCAUUUUCAAAGGGAGAAAAUGGUAAAUUUACUCAGAGCUCAGACACCAGGGAAAAUCUGAAAUCGAAUGUCAUUCCGGUGGAGAAGGCUCACACUAACUUGCAGAAGAGGUCGCAGGCUACCUCCAUCAAAGGAGAAACUGCUGUAAAAGAGGGCAGGAACCUCCUAAACCGAAACCAGAGACAGGAUCUCCUCCUGUUCAUAACUGAGAGAGGACAUUGGUUACAGUUUUGGGGUUCAGGUUGGAUGGCCAGCCACCAGGAAGCUUAUAAAUUAUGUAGGAAAGAAAAUAGAUAAAGUGUUUAAAACAUAUGUUUAAGUGUGGUAGUGAACUAUACCUUUCUCGGCCUUUUGGCAGAGAUAAGUAUAGCAGAGAAACUCAUGCAGGGGCUUUUGAAAGUUCUUCCAAAUUUAGCAUGUAACUUUAAUAAGAUGAAUGGUUUAUUAAUAUGUAGAUUACUUAAAAUUA